AUGGCUGGAAUUUUCAAGUUGAUUCAAGUCGGUCGAUGUUCAGUUCAAUUAUUAACAUGCAAAUCGCUCGGUUCCACCGCAAAUUAUAACAACUUUCAAAAUAUAAUAAAUAAAGCAGUACCAUGUAGGUCAUUAGCAAGUCGUCCCAUUCACAAACGAUUAAGAAAACGUAGCUCUUCCGAUCAAUCUUCUGGUGAUAACCUAGAUAAAUUUAAGCCUCGUUCUGCUUAUGCCAAUUGGAAUUACGAUGCAGAAUUGAGCGCUUUCAUGAAGCGUAUCCAACAAAAUGUAUCUGAAGACAGGCUUAGGAUGGCAUUAACUCAUCACUCUUUCCUUCAUCAAAAUGAUGAUGUUAAUUACAUGGAUGACAACGAUUACAAUACUGGAACUGGUGUUGCAGAUUUUAAAUCUGUAGAAGACGUCUACCAAAGUAAUGAUAGACUUACAAUAUUAGGUUACAAUGCUAUGCGUCACUUUGUAACGGAAUAUGUUUACGUUCGUUAUCCCAAUUUAAAAUCAUCACAUAUUUAUGAUAUGAUCAAUUUCUUUAUGAAUCGUGAUGGAAUGGUAAACAUAGCCCAUUAUUUAGGUAUCGCAGACCUUAUUCGCAGUAAGAUCCUUUUAUAUAACCCUGUCAAAACUCGAAUCAUAUCUGACGUGUUCUGUGCUAUUGUUGGAGCUAUUUAUAUGGAUCUGGGUCCCAUUGAAGCCCGCUCUUUUGUGCAAGAUUUUAUUUUAGUCCAACAGUAUGGAAGAGAAUUCAGCGAUAUAAUCAAAAUUGAACACCCGAUUUUUAUGCUUACAGCGAUUCUGAAGAUGCAACGAAUGCAGCCUUUGGAGGCAAGGCUUUUGAGAGAAAGUGGUCGAGCAACACAUUUCCCUACAUAUGUCGUAGGUGCUUUUAGUGGCAGUAAACUCUUAUCAGAAGGCGCUGGACCAUCUAUCAAAGCAGCCAAAAGUGCUGCAUGCCAAGAAGCACUCUUAAACUACUUCCAGAAAGAAUUUCGAAAUGCCCCAUUACCAUCUGAUCAUGACAACUACCUAGCAGAAGAGGAAAUUAAGCUGGACGUUGCUAAAAUUGAAAGCAGUAACAGUAUUUAA